AUGGAAUCACCUAAAGCUGGUGGAUCAAGGAAUACAUCUGUAGUUAUCCUUACACUUGAUACAAGUGAGCUAGGUUAUGAUGUUUUCAACUCCCAAGAAGAAGCACUAAACUACAUCACAAAUGGUUCAAAAUUCAUCUGCAAAAGUACAAUUCAUGCAAAAGCCAUAUUGGGAUAUGCUGUUCUUGGAAACUCAGCCUUAUUGCUUGUUGCCACAAAGUUAACAGCUAGCAUUCCAUUUCUACCAGGUGGUGGUUGUGUAUACACCAUUAGUGAGAGCAAAUGGAUCAAAAUCUUUCUUCAAAAUCCUCAACCACAAGGGAAAGGAGAAGUCAAAAACAUUCAAGAACUCACUGAACUUGAAAUUGAUGGAAAACAUUACUUUUGUGAAACAAGAGACAUCACAAGGCCAUUUCCUAGUCGAGUUUCUGUAAAAACACCUGAUGAUGAGUUUGUUUGGAAUGGAUGGUUUUCAACUGCUUUCAAAAGAAUUGGGUUGGAUCAACACUGUGUUAUUUUGCUUCAGGGAUUUGUGGAAUAUCGAACUUUUGGAAGCUUAGGUCAGCAAGAUGGAAUUGUUGCUCUUAUAGCUAGGCGUAGUAGGUUGCAUCCUGGCACUCGAUAUUUAGCAAGAGGCUUAAACUCUUGUUAUAGCACAGGAAAUGAAAUCGAGUGUGAACAACUUGUAUGGGUACCAAAAAGAGAUGGACAAAAUGUGCCUUUCAACACCUACAUAUGGAGACGAGGCACUAUUCCCAUAUGGUGGGGUGCAGAGCUAAAGAUGACAUCAGCAGAAGCAGUAAUUUACAUUUCUGACCGUGACCCUUACAAAGGAAGCGCACGAUAUUACCAAAGAUUAACCAAAAGAUACGAUUCAAGAAACAAGGGUAUAAACGGAAACCAAAAUAAAAUCGGCUUUGUCCCCAUUGUAUGCAUCAACCUUCUUAGAAACGGAGAAGGAAAAUCCGAAUCCAUUUUAGUCCAACAUUUCGAAGAAUCCUUAAAUCACAUCCGGUCAAACGGUCAACUCCCUAACACAAGACUCCACUUAAUAAACUACGAUUGGCAUACAAGUAUUCGAUUCAAAGGCGAACAACAAACAAUUGAAGGACUUUGGUAUCAUUUAAAAUCUCCCACAAUCUCCAUAGGGAUCACAGAAGGUCAUUAUUUACAUUCUCGUGAAAAUAUCCAAGAAGCUGAUGAUGUCAUCGUUUCCAACGAUGACAUCAUCGGUUGCUUUCGCUUACACGUGCAUCAAAACGGUGUGAUUCGUUACAACUGUGCGGAUUCUUUGGAUAGAACAAAUGCUGCUAGCUAUUUUGGUGGGCUACAGGUGUUCACUGAACAAUGUAGGCGGCUUGGGAUUUUUCUUGAUGCUGACGUGGCGUUGAAGCCAAGCGGGUCGCUAGCGAGGAUGCGGUCGUGUAAUGAUAAGGCGUGGAAGAGAUUUGAUAUGACAUUUGAGGAGUUUAAAAGGUCGACUAUUUUGUCACCUGUUUGUCAGUUAGCUGAGCUUUUUUUAAUUUCGGGUGAUAUUCAUGCGACUAUUUAUACGGGUUCUAAAGCAAUGCAUAGUCAUAUUUUGAGUAUUUUUAGUGAAGAAGCAGCGAAAAAUAAACAGUUUUCAGUUGCGCAAAAUGUGAAGAUAACGCUUCAAAGAAGAUAUAAUAAUGCAGUUGUGGAUAGUUAUCGACAGAAACAGUUAGAGAUGUUUCUUGGAUUAAGGCUUUUUAAACAUCUUCCUUCGAUAUCAAUUCAACCUUUGCAUGUGCUAAGUAGACGAUCUGGUUGUCUUCUUAAACCGAUUGCUAGCAUUGACUCGAGUUCUGAUGAUGGAGACAGUCUUCUUAGUUUUAAACAUAAAAAUCUCAUCUGGAUUUCGCAACAAGCUGCCGAUAUAAUACAACUUUUUAUCUACCUUGGCGAGCCUUGUCAUGUUUGUCAGCUUCUUCUCACAAUUUCACACGGUGCAGACGAUUCAACAUAUCCAUCAACAGUCGAUGUCAGAACAGGACGCGAUCUUGAUGAGCUUAAACUUGUUUUAGAGGGAGCUUCCAUUGCUAGAUGUGUUAAUGGUACAAACAUGGUGAUACCAAUACCGGGGCCCAUUAGUGACGAUGACAUGGCGUUCACAAGAAGUGUAACAACCCCACCUACCCACAAACCUAAGCUACCGUUUUUAUAUGAUUUCGAAGGUCGCGAGGGCAAUUUGGACUUUCUUACUCGGGUGGUUGUUCUCACAUUCUACCCAUCUGAGUCUACCACUUCCCCUGUCACUAUCGGUGAGGUGGAGAUACUUGGGAUUUCUCUUCCAUGGAGAGGUGAUGACAUCGUUUCAGAAUCUGUUUCACAACCAAUGACAGAAAUCAGUUUGCUUGAUCAUGGUUACAUUGAAGACAAUAAAACAAAUUCAAUACAACAAGAUGAAAUACAAACCAAAGGGGACGUAGAAGCACUUCAGUACAUAACUUGCUUCAAAAUGUUGUCAGCUUUACAUGGGGGUAACAAAUUAGGGUUUAAAGAAGGGAUGAAACUUGAAAUCGAACGUCUUAGGCUCAAUCUAUCUGGUGUUGAACGCGAUAAAGCUUUAUCAUCAAUUGGAAUCGAUCCAGAAAGUAUAAAUCCGAACGUGUUAAUAGAAGAAUCUUAUGUUUCUUCAUUAUGUAAAGCCGCAAAUGCGGUUGCAUUUCUAGGUCAAGCUUCUUUAGAAGACAGAAUUACUGGUGCGAUUGGUCUUGAGAUUAUCGAAAAUGAAAAAAUCGAUGUGGAUUUUUGGAAUAUUAACAGAAUUGGGGAGAGUUGUUGCAGUGAAUCGUGUCAAGUUCAUAUGGGGACUUCGACUUUGAAUUCUUCUUCUUCACAGUCGAUUUAUUUAUGCUCUGCGUGUAAUCGGAAGGUUUGCAAAGUUUGUUGCGCGGGAAAAGGUGCUGUACUUGUUCUUCAGAAUCGUGGUGUUAAUGAACGGUGUUUAUUGAUGGAUGGGGUUAUUUGUAAGCUGUGUUGUGAUGAUAGUGUUCUUGAUGCGUUGACUUUGGAUUAUCUUAGGGUUUUGAUUAGCGAGAGAAGAAAUAGGGAUGCCGAAACGGCGACGUAUAAAGCUUUAGGUGAAAUUGUAGGGAGGAAUUAUAUCGCCGGAAAAAAGGAGUCGUCGACUGAUAAAAAUGGAGAUGUCAAGGCGGCGCUUCAACAGUUGCUCAAUGGAGAAGAAUCGUUGGCUGAAUUCCCAUUCGGAAGCUUUCUCCACUCGAUUGAAUCAGCGUCAGGUUCAGCACCACCAUUGUCGUUGCUUGCACCUUUGAAUACCGGAUUAAAACAGUCGUACUGGAGGGCACCUCCGACCACCUCUUCUACUGAGCUUAUUAUCGUUCUCGGCAGUCUCUCUGAUGUCUCCGGCGUCAUCCUUCUCGUUAGUCCCUGUGGCUAUUCCAUGUCCGAUUCCCCCAUCGUCCAAAUUUGGGCAAGUAACAAAAUACACAAGGAAGAAAGAUCGUGUGUCGGAAAAUGGGAUGUGAAAUCAAUGCUCACAUCUUCGCCGGAGCUUUGUGGUCCAGAAGAAUCCAAUAUUCAAACGCCUCGCCACAUCAAAUUCGACUUCCGAAAUCCUGUGCGAUGUCGUAUGAUUUGGAUAAAAUUGAGUAUCCAGAAAGUUGGAUCGAGUUCUGUGAGUUUCGAGAACGAUUUCAAUCUUUUAUCCUUUGAUGAAACUCCGGCCUCCGAUCCCGGCGGCAGACGCGCCUCCAUAGCAGGAACAUCGGAAAGUAUUCCGUCUCUGCACGCCAAAAGAAUUCUCGUAGUUGGAUUUCCGGUGAAAGCGGAUAUAAAGCGGUCGUCGUCGCAGAGAUCUGAGCAUGCUAGUAGCAUCAAAAAUUGGCUGGAGAAACCGCCAUUGUUAAACAGAUACAAGGCUCCGAUUGAAUCCGAGAAGUUGAUCGAGAACGAUCUGGUUUUGGAACAAAACAUGUCUCCGUCUUCACCGGUAGCAGCAGGUUUCCGGCUCGACGGUUUUAGCGCUAUAAAACCUCGAUUAAAACAUUCACCUUCAGCAUUGGAGGCAGUAUCUACAGUUUUCGAACAUAGAUUCAUAUCUCCACCGGUAUUACGUAUUCAAGUAUCGACAUUAAAGGGGUUGUCGGAGGAGACGGUGGUGGUUGCAGAGUACCGGAUACCGGAGGUGAAGAGUGGAACGGCGAUGUACUUUGACUUUCCUAAAGCGAUGAACAGUCGACGAGUACGAUUCAGGCUGGUCGGAGAUGUUGCUGGGUUUGCCGAUGAUCCGGAAGACGGCGGCGAUACAGGGCGGCCGUUGGCGGCGGGGUUGUCUUUGUUAAACCGGAUUAAGUUAUACUACUAUGCCCACCCUGGUGAUCUUGGGAGAUGGGCAGGCCUUUCUGGGGUGUUUCGAGUUUAUGAGAGAUUGUAG